GACAAUUGUAACGAACGCAUAGAAAGUAUUGCAGAAAAUGAAGUUGGUGAUGAAAUUGAGUGUGUUACUUAUCCUGGUGUGCACCUAUGCAAGAGCAACCAUAUUGAUUACUGGCUCCAAAAAUAUUCGAUCUUAUCAGAACUUCACGAUAGUGAUCAGUAAUAUCCCUGGUGAAACUAUUGACGACUGUUUGUUAAACGUACGCUUGGAAGGGGUAGUUCAUGAUCAUCGCCCUGCUAUGCUAUAUUCUAUGCAAACAGUAAGGCUCAUGGCAGAUACAAACAAGAUAGUGAACUUCUAUAUACCACGCGUAAAUCAUGGAAAUUUCAGGAUCAUAAUCGAAGGCAAACAACCUUCUACUAUUUCUACCGAUAACAUUUAUAGGAAAGUUAAGCUUAACUAUACUGAUUACUAUCAAAAACCUUCAAGUUUAAUUCAAUUGAACAAGCCUGUCAUCACACCAGGCGAAAUUCUAAAGUUUCGAGUGAUCGUAGUCGAAGCUGAUCUAAAGCCUGCUUCGUCAUAUAAAACACCAAUAUCCGUAUACAUAUUCGAUCCGAUGUAUAAAAUGAUUCGAAAAUGGUCCCAUGUCGGUCUAUACAACGGAAUAUUUGAAGACGAAAUAGCGAUACCUUCAAUACCGGUACUGGGAACAUACCAAGUCGAAGUAACGGUGAAAGGUAACUCUGUUUGGAAAACUUUCGAAGUGAGGAAUUAUGACAUCGAUUCGAUUGAUUUAAAUAUCUAUCCGGCGGUUGUACCACUUCUACAGCAUCAGGCGCUCAAUCUAACUAUUGAUGUUAAAAAUUGUUUUGGUAAACCUAUCAGGGGUAUCUUCACCAUCUCUUCCGUUGAAACAGGUAACGGAACAAAACUAGUAAAAAAACCCCACUCGUGGGAUGUGAAUGGAAUACGACAAAUCUAUCUACCUUUUGAAGAAGAGUCUGACUUUUUUGGUCAGAUAGAUGUGUCAAUGAAAGUCAACUUUACCGACCAAUACACAAAUCGAACUAUUAGUAAAAAGAAACAAAUAAACUUGUACCAUUCCUUGUACAAAGUGAAGAUACAUAAUAAAGUACUAACGCAACAUCCGGGGUCGCCAUUCGUCACUAAAUUAAAAGUGACCUAUUGGAAUGAUGAACCAGCAAAAAACGUUACCCUGCUUGUUGUAGCUUAUGGAGCAAAUAUAACAAAUCCGCAAAAUUGCACAAGUAAUAUGUACGGUGUUAUAACAUUUUCGAUGCACACAAAUGAAUCAACGGAACUCAAGUUGUUACAGGUUUAUGAUGGUAAUAAAUGGAUCCUGAAUGAAUCGAUUGAGAUCGUUGAUAGUGCUAAUUUACUUGAAGAUAAGUACAUCAAAGUGGAACUAGUAACCCGGUACUAA